UUCUUGCGGUUGGCAGCAGUUGGCUUGCUGUCAAUCGGAAAAUGGCAGCGACGAGUGUUGUCGUUCUCGACAGAGGCAACAAUACAACUUGUACCGUAAAUCUUUUCGGGGCAACUGUUGUAUCAUGGCGGGUUAAUAAUCAAGAACAAUUAUUUGUAAGUAAACAAGCCGUUUUCGACGGGAAACGGGCGAUAAGGGGAGGAAUACCUUUCGUAUUUCCUCAAUUCGGACAAUGGGCGUUCGGUCCGCAGCAUGGAUUCGCCCGGAUAGCGCGUUGGCAUGUGGAAAAAAUGCCCGAGCGGCUGCCCAGCGGCGACGUGGAGGCUGUCUUCAGCCUGAUGGACGAUGACUUCACCCGCUCCAUGUGGCAUUUCCAGUUCAGACUAACAUACCGGCUAAUCCUGCGUGAGAAGGAGCUGCACUUCAACAUCGGCGUGUACAACCCCAGCAAGGAGCUGACGUUCAGCUGUCAGAUGCUGCUGCACACCUACUUCAAGGUGCCCGACGUACGCCGCUGCCAGAUCACCGGCAUGCAUGGAUGCAUGUUCAUUGAUAAGACGCGGGAAGGCGCGGUUUACCAAGAGACUCGCGAGGUGGUGACCAUCAACGAGUGGACGGACCGCAUCUACCAGAACACCAUGCAGGAGCACAUCAUCACUAACGUCGUCAGCGGACGCAAGAUGAGGAUACAGAAGUACAACUUCCCUGAUACUGUAAUCUGGAACCCCUGGGCGGAGUACGCGAAAGAGAUCCCGGACUUCGGCGACGACGAGUUUCCGAACAUGGUGUGCGUGGAGGCGGGCCGCGUGGCCGCGCCCAUCGUGCUGCUACCGGGCACCGCCUUCGAGGCCAGCCAGAUCCUGCAGGUGAUGUAAGGCGUGUCGCGUGCUUUCCGAACCCGUCCAGGUGCGAUGUCAAUUUGAUAGAAAUUUGAAUACGUCGAGACAAUAUUCGAGUGGGGGCCUCAGCAGGAAUUUCGCAGGACAAGUAACUCACAAGCGCAGAUUCUGCCACACAAACUUAAUGUUAUUCCAUGUUGACAGCUCUAAAACUAGGUCUAUCUCUUUCUUGCACCCAUCGUAUGUGAAGGACAGCACUUUAGAGCUGCCAAACUAAAAAUUAAGUAUAUGACACCAGACACCACUUGAUUAUAAACUUUAAAAAAUAUAAUUUCAUUUUUUUAUGUAAUGAACAUGAUAAGGGCUUUAGUUUUUAAUACAUAAGGGAAGAGAUUGUAAAACUUAAAAUCGAUACCUAUUUCUUUUCAAAAACAUUGGGAGCGUUCAGAGCGCCCACAAUACAGCAAUAAUAUCUUAUAACAGGCUUAGUAAUUCCUAUAGAUACUUAGUAGUUGAAGAUAGGUGAACAAUUCCCCUUUAGUCUUUUAGGAAGACAAGCCAAAACGAUCAAAUGGUUCUAGAGAUUAGCCCGAUAGGUUUAAUACUAUGUAUUGGUGAUAUGAACAAACACAAACAUUCAUCUUCCCUUUUACUCAAUCUACAGUUCCGCUACGCAACUAGCCCCCAUUGUAAGUUAACUAUGUCAUUCCGUUUGUACUAUAAUUAUUUACGAGUUUAACGUGUAAGUAAUUUUAUUCGAGUACUAUUUGUUAUGAGUGAUAGGCACAGGAUAAAGUGAUUAGUAGGUUGACUAAGUUCUGGAUUGAUAGAAAAGCAAUGCAUAUCGUAUUAUCUGACUAUCCAAUACAGUCAUUUUUGAUCGGACGACGAAAAAUUUCUCUGCCUACUUCUUCGAGUGGUAUAAUAUAUUAUGUGACUCAGCUCACUUAAAUGAUAUUUGAAUUCUUUAUUUGCUGAAAUACAUGAAAUUGACCGCGCAUUCUAUCAUAGUUGGGCAGAUAUUACAAUUGUGAAAUUAUUAGUCAACUUACUAAAACUGCUCACUGUCUGUGGAAAUUCUUGCCAAAUGAAUGCCUCUAUUUUGUAAUCUUUCUUUUCCAUUUAUACUUAAAAAUAUGUUUCCGAAACGAUUUGUGCCAAAAUGAAACUUCAAAAAAAGAUAUGUUUCUACGUAUGGUAUCGAAAGAUCUGUUACUGUGAUUCGACUUUUGCACUUAAUUGUAAGUCUAGUACUUCCUUCUGUCUUCCGCUAGUUUUCUCUUGUGAUAUCUCUUUUGUUGUCUAUACUAUACACUGUCUUGUGUCCUAACAAUUAAACUAUACUUAACAUUAUUUGUAAUAACAUAGUCGUUGCAUUCAAUAUUUUUCUUCUUUAUUUCAGUUUCAAUAACGUUAAUCAUUCCAGUUAAUAAGUGUAAGUUUGGGAAAUGAUAUUUAUCUAACAAGAAAUACUCAUCAGUUUAUCGAUUUGAUGCUACUUAUGUUGAUGCUGCGUUAUCAGCUAACAUUCCUUGUGCAUUUUAAUCUGUUAUUUUGUGAGAGUAUGUACCUACGUCAAAUCGAUUUGAAUGAAUUUAGUUCUUGUUUUGAGAUCUGGGGGCCUAAAAGGGCCGCGAUGAAGCAAUUCAUAUAAAAAAAUAAUUUUGCCAUUUGGCAUUUGCGCAUAUAAAAGUAAGUGUCAAAUAGCAAUAACCCUUUUUAGAUGAAUUGCUUCAAUGUCUUUUUUAACCACCAUUUACUCACGGCUAAUACUCAAAGCCUCUUGUUUUGUUAGCAACUUGUUUCGUUACAGUACUACCAGUUAAUUUGACGUAAAUAUAUUAUUUUCUUCACAAUUCAUGUAUAACGCCAAUAAAGAAUCACUUUUUCACAUUCCGUUAUUGUUCCUUUAUAUUAACUUUUUUUACAAAAGUCAUGUACAUAAUGUACUCAAGCACAAGAUUGUACAAAUUGAUGUGAUUUUUUUUAAGUACAUUUUUAUUUUGUAUUUUCUUUUUAAUUUGGAACAUUUUGGAGGCUUUUGAAAGUAUACGAAGAUUAAUGUAAGAAUAUGUACUUAGGUAUUAAUGAGUUCCUUUGUUUUAUCGAUACGAUUGGGUACUGUAAGUUAGCGGCGUCAUAUCGGCAUCAAAGAUGUUAAUGUUCUAUAUAAUUAAUGUAGUGUUGCUACUAAGUGAAUGACACUGGUUUUACAUAAUUACACACUACACAAUGUUAAAAAUGUAGUUGUAGAUUCCAACUGAAAUGUAUCGCGCGUCCUUAGAAAAGGAACCUUCGAGAAUGUUCUUAAAUAAAUUUAAUUUGUGAAUGCAGAUUGUUAUUUUAAUCAUCGAAUUUUCUAUGGAUUUCGUGUUUGUCAAGGUACACUUAUUUAUCAAUAAUGAUUAAAAUAACAUCUGUAUAUUUUAGAUAGUGGGAUCUUUGGAAUCGCAUAAUAAUGAACUAACGUGUAAAUGUAGGGCGGCUAAGGCACUACUGUUAAUGUUUAUAUCGAGACUCGAAACAUCGAAAAUUAGCAACGAAGUGUACUUCCAUAGGUGCAAUAAAUAAUAAGGAAUCUAUAA